AUGGCGUAUAACUAUCAUUUCGAUAUUGCGACCUCUUCAAGGGGAAAGGUUGGUUUAGGAAUGAUUUUGGACAGAAAAUUGGAGAGAUCGAGUAGUCGAGGACGGAAAAAUUGAAUUUUUGAGGUCAAGAAUGAAAAAUAGAUAAAAAUUGAAAGUUAAACUUGAUAAAUCGGGUUUUAAAACCAUCCAUCAAUUUAUCAACAUGUAUCCAAAUUUUUUUCUCAAUUCCUCAACUUUUCAAUACAAUCACCGAAAAAUCGAAAACUUUAGAAAUUAAUUUUCUUUUAAGAUUUUGCUGAAACUUAUUUUCAAAUGGAAAUCUUCGAUAUGGAAAGCAAUAUAUGGGUUUGUCGCCUCCUUUUUUUUUCGAAUAUGAUUGAAUUUUUCAGAGAACUGAUUGUUUGGUGUAUGAUGUAUUUCUUUAUUUCGAUUAUCUAUAGAUUUGCGUUGAGUCCAGAUCAACAAGAGUGAGUGAAUAUCCUUCUUUUGGUCGCACUUGGAAUGGCUCGAAGCGUUGCGGUCGCGUAUAUGAUUCCCUAUACUUCCUUGAUGAAGUCGUUUCAAGUCGGGCGCGUCUUGAAACAACCGCUUUGCAACCUGAACGCCUUGAGCCAUUCCAAAUGCGGACAUGAAUAUCUAUUAAAUCGGGGCAUUCUCAUUUUCCGCAAUCUGUUUUUUUUUUUGGCCAAAUCGACCUUUUUUUUAUCCAAUCAAUAUUUUCUGUCUCUUUUUCCGAAAUUUCUGAGUUUCUGGAAACGCCCCUAGCGUCACAACCAACUCAGAGAAUCCAAAAAUAGUCCAAUCACUUAUCAAUUUGGCUGACCCUAAAAAUAGGACCACAAUCACAGAAUUUUACUACCAGCGGCUGAUAAGUGAUUCGCAACUAGAAGGCUCCUGGAAAAUUGAGAAAAAAAUUAUCUUAGGUUUUCACGUACCUUGGAACGCCAUAGUGGUCCCUAUAGGGCUCAGGGUAAAAAACAGCAACAGGGACGAAAAGUGGCUCCUAUAGGGGUAAAAUUAUGUGGUCUCUAUCGGGGUUCAGGAUGUUACCGUUACGGCCCUCAAGCUCAAGUGGCCCCUAUAGGAUCUUCAAAUGGUUUUUUAGACUUCAAAACUACUUAGGUAAACUUAAAUAGUUUUAUCAUCAUCCCUUGAUUUUUUUUAUUCAAGUAAAGUUAAAUUAUUGAUUUUUCGCAUUUAAAUGCUUCUUCUCAAAGAGUUCAUAACGAUAAACGAGCUUUAGUGGCCGCUAUAGGGGACAGGGGUUAAGUUGUCCUAAAGGGGAACCUUCAGAGGCUUCUUAGGUUGCCCCUAUAGUGACCCCUCUGGUGUUCCAACCUAAGCGUUCAGAAAUUUUUAAUAUGUUUCGACUUGGAAACAAAUAUACAAUUUCAAAAAAUCUCUUUCAUUUUUUCAGUGGAUUCGAAAGAUUUGUACAGUUUAUCAAUGCUCGAAUGAAAUAUAUUCCGAUGGAUUUUAUGCUCGGAUUUUUUGUCACAAUCGUCAGUAACAGAUGGAUCACGCAGUUUGGAAACCUAGGGAUGAUCGACAAGUAAUUUGAAAAGUCGGAAAAAAAAAGGAAAAAGGAAAUUUCAGUAUUGCUUUAUUCACAUCGGCCUACGUAAAUGGAAGAGACGAGAAAGCGAGAAAUAUCCGGAGAAAUAUUGUUAGGUGAGAAGAUUUUAGUAACUUGUAAAUGCUCAUUUCAAAGAUUUAUGAAAUGCUCUCUGAGAUUUUCGAAAAUUUCUUGGUAGUUUUCCAUUUAUUUUCGAACUGAACUUCAUAACACAAGUUUCUUUAAAACCAUUAAAGUGGGCGGAGCCUGCCGGAACCUAGCGCCAUAAGUUAAGAAGGCUGCAUAUUAUCUGUGAUACAAACCUUAGCUCCGAAAAACAAUAUGAGAACCGGUGAUAUAACGAUAGCUAAAAUCAGAUUUCUAAUAAGCAAUUUCCUGUGAAAAAGUGGUCCGUUUCCCACUUCAAAAGAUACUUUCAAGGUACUGCGUUUUGUCCCAAACGAUGGUCUUCCGCGACAUCCAUUUCGGAGUCCGAAAAAGGUUCCCCACAUUGGAAACCAUGGUCGCCGCCGGCAUAAUGAUGCCCCACGAACUCCACAAGUUCAACGACGUCAAGACCAGGCAUCCGAGUUUGACUCCUGCCCACGUUUUUGCCGUUUCUAGAUACGCCAAGUACUGGUUAGGAUUCAACUGGGCGCUACACUUGGUUAACCAGGCAAAGAAAGAAGGAAGAAUCGAGGGAGAUAUACCCAGAGAUGCUAUUGCUCAGGUUGGACGGAAAAUAAUAAUUCAUUGAGACAAGCUUUCUCAGGAAAUAAAAAACUUCCGAACCGGUCUUCAACUCAUUUGGACUUAUGAUUGGGUUCCGCUUCCCUUGAUGUAAGAAAUUGGCAGUUUCGAGGAAAUUUUGGUUCUUUUAGGUAUCCCCAACUUGUAUUCUUGGCGGUCCAUUGUUAUUUUUUGCUUUGUCUGAUUGGAAGACAAUUUAUUAUUAGGCCUGAAGCAGCUAACACGACGGAGGUUUUUGGAAAUUUCCAGACUUAACAAAAAAAAAGACUUAAGAUUGAUCUCUGGAUCCCGUUCAUGUCAAUCAUCGAGUUUCUUUUUUACAUGGGAUGGCUCAAGGUAUCCAAAAUGAUACCAUUUUCCGGAAAUUCUUGAUUAGGUAGCGAUGGACCUUCUGAAUCCGUUCGGAGAAGACGACGACGAUUUCGAUUGUAACUUCUUGAUCGAUAGAAACUUGACCGUUUCCAUGGCGGCCGUUGACGAUUCUUAUGAUGACCUUCCGGAAAUCAAGAAGGAUAUCUUCUGGGAUGAUACCGUAUCCCCACUCUAUUCUUCUGAAGCCGCCAAGAAAGAUGUCAACUUCUACAUGGGCAGUGCUACAAAUGCCGUGUGAGUAUAGCUAAACCACGGCUAAAUUGGCCAUCGAAAAAAGGGUCCUGACACGAUAGUAAAAGAGAUAGCGCCUGGCUUCUGGAGAGCGCAGACAGGCCACGCGCCCCCCUCAGCUUCUCAAGAUUGCCAUGAAAUUCUCCGUUUCACAAAUUUUUCUCUUUUCAAAAAUAACUUUUAAGAAUCCCCGACGUCGCUGAAUUCACGAUGGUCCCUCAUCCGACCAAUGAGAAACACGACAGAUACGCUAAAAAGACGGCAAGGAGGACUGGAACUUCCGUCGUUUCUGUACCUAAUUUUGAAAGGUGGGAUAUUGAUUCACCUUCAUAGGAAAUCCCUUUUUUCUGAGCCCAUCUUGGAAUCAAAAAACCUUCGGGCCUCAAAAUUUAUCUAACAAGCUACAAAAAAUCUUUAUAGCUCCUUUUCGACUUGCCUUGCCUGUUUUCUUGAGCUUUUUGGUAUUCUUGCCCUUCAGGGAUCUAACCAGGGAAUGGUCUCCGGUCGCAGUGGGAUCUCUCAAUGAGACCAAUUUUUCCAGAUGUAGUUUUUCACGCUGAUCUCAAAUCUGGUCUUAAAAACUGCCGAAGAGCUCUGUGAAAAAAGUUAUAGACCCUCAAAAGUCGAAAAUUUCAGUGUCUCCGAUUGAGCUCAUUUUUGGAGGGUGUGUAGAUCUUUGCUCCUUGCUGCCGUUGCUUCGACGGUCGCCGGAUCGCAAUAGGACACCGCGCUCGCAAGCUCUUGUGUGAGGCGGGGCUUUGAAACAUCAUAUCUGGGCUCCGAAAUUUUUUUGUGAAAACUUCGAUGGUUUUUCUUGAACAGAGGGACAAGAUCUACACACCCUCCAAAAAUGAGCUCAAUCGGAGACACUGAAAUUUUCGACUUUUGAGGGUCUAUAACUUUUUUCACAGAGCUCUUCGGCAGUUUUUGAGACCAGAUUUGAGAUCAGCGUGAAAAACUACAUCUGGAAAAAUUGGUCUCAUUGAGAGAUCCCACUGCGACCGGAGAUCAUUCCCUGGUAAAUACCGCCAUUUUUAAAACGCUGCAGAAAAGCUUUUUUGAGAAAAGUUGCGAAGGUGGAAAAGAUGUUAAAAUUUCGAUAAAGUACUUUUUGAGACCUUUCAGCGGCCUUUCUACAGCCUCUCCUUUUUUUCUACCAUUUUCUAGCCUUUCAUAAAUAACUGGGAGAAUUUUUAGUGGCCCCUAUAGGGUUUUGACGUUUUAGUGGCCACUUUAGUAGUCAAUAUAGUGGCCACUAUAGUGGUCUAAGUGCUACUACUAUAGUCUGUUCCGAUUUCAAAUGUCAAGUCCUCGCUGAAGCUCCGCCCCAUAAUGGCGCGAUAAACCAAUCAGAGAGCGAGCCAUCCACAGAGCGUUUUCGAAUGACGUCAUUCUACUUGACAUUCAAAAUCUGAACAGACUAUAGACCACUAAAAAUAUUAGUGGCCACUUUAGGGAUCAAUGGAUCAACAUAACUGGUCCAAUAUGUUUGUUUUAAAAUUAUCAGAGUUACUAGAAGUAUUACUGGAUGAAAAACUACUGAAGUGGCCACUAAAUAGAGAACCUCUAAAGUGGCCACUCGAGAGGUUGGUUUAGUGGUAACUUUAGUGUCCUCUCCACUUAACGAGUCUCUAUAGUGGCCACUGGAAAUUUUCUCAGAAUUCUUCUGAAAUUGGACUUUAGAACUCCACCAUCGCGCCGGAAAAACUCGACGGAUAGUGUUCUGAGCACAACGAUUGGCAAUCUGUUCCAAAGACGGCCUACAGGGUAUAUAUUUCAAAAUAUAAAAAAAAUAAUGUUUUUUUGAAGAGGGGUUCUGCAACAAAACGGCAAGGAAAGAUCGGGUACCGGGGUUGAUUACCUGACGCCGGCUUAUAAUAAUCCAACAGUUUUAGUUGAAAUCGGUUGGUUUUUCUUCUGAAUAUUCGCCGAGAUUUGAAACUGUCUGCUUUCUUAGGAACGCUAGAGUGGUCCCUAGAGGGGCAACUUCAGGGGAAGUUGAAGGAUUCCCUCUAGGGACCACUUUACCUCUCCCAUGGCCAUUAAAGCUUGAAAAAGUGGCCACUUUAGUGAUCUUUUUAAGGACGUUUAUUAUAGCUCUAUGAAAAGGAUCAAUGCGAAAAAAUCAAGUUUCAAUUUUCAAAAAAAUUAAGACCUCUAUAGGGAUCACUUAAGAUUUAGCGGUUUAGAGACCAGACUCUAGUCUCCUAUGGGAUCACCUUUACCCCUUUAUGGAGAUUUCCCUAACCCUUCUAGGGACCACUCUGGCGUUCUUAAUUUAACUUACUUGCUCUUGUAUGAGAGAUAAGAGAGCCCAGAGAAGUCAGACGGUUUCCUAUCGUGAAUCAAUUUUUUUAACAAUUAAAAUGGAUUUUUCAGAUGACGAUAAUCAGAAACGGAACACCGACAACACAAAGAGAGGUUUACUGGCAAAUUUCGAAAAAGUUAAAAAAGUUCAUUUUAGAAAGCGUGACAAGUUUUGGGAGAUCGAAAUCUUUCAAUCAUUCGGCUGAACAUCCUGAUUAUCUGAAGAAAUAUUGA